UACCGAAGCACAGUCAAUCGUUGCAUGCAACUGAAUCCUGUGCAGUAAAAUAGUGCAUGCAGACGGUGUAUGGAUUUAAUCUUGAAUGGUUUGAUAAUUGUCGUUAAGCCAGUGAAAAGCUAAAGUUAAAUUAUGAAGAGUUUUCUAUUGAGUGCAAGUUUGGUGCUGUUUGCAGCAUGUGUUCUUGGCGAGGAGGCCAGCAAGCUGCAAGAACGCUUCAGCUGGACACAAUUGGAUUUUGCAUUCCCGAACCAACGCAUGAAGCAACAGGCUCUUCAAAGUGGCGACUAUGCACCUCAGAAUGCACUUCCAGUGGGCAUUGAGCAUUGGGGGCAUAAGCUGUUUGUAACCGUGCCCAGAUGGAGAAAUGGUAUUCCCGCUACACUCACAUACAUCGAUAUGCGCAGAACAUACAGUGGUUCACCCGAGUUGAUACCGUAUCCUGACUGGCGAAGCAACGUAGCUGGUGAUUGUGCAAAUGGCCUGACAACUGCUUAUCGAAUCAAAGCCGAUGAGUGUGGAAGACUCUGGGUUUUAGAUACUGGAACUAUCGGCAUUGGAAACACCACACAAAACCCAUGCCCAUAUGCCAUCAACGUGUUCGAUUUACAAACAAAUUCGAGGAUUCGGCGAUAUGAGUUACGCGCUGAAGAUACAAAUGCAAAUACAUUCAUUGCUAACAUUGCUAUCGAUAUUGGAAAAGAUUGCGACGAUGCAUUCGCUUAUAUGUCGGAUGAACUAGGAUAUGGCCUGAUUACAUACUCCUGGGAGCAGAACAAAUCAUGGCGGUUCGCGCACAGCUUCUUCAUGCCAGACCCUCUGCGUGGAGACUUUAAUAUUGCAGGAUUGAACUUCCAAUGGGGUGAAGAAGGUAUCUUCGGUAUGGCCCUAUCGCCAAUUAAGUCAGAUGGCUAUCGUACCAUGUAUUUCAGUCCUCUGGCUAGCCAUCGCGAGUUUGCGGUUUCAACACGAAUUUUGAGAGAUGAGUCCAGAGUUGAGGACAGCUAUCACGAUUUCCAGGUUCUAGAGGAGCGCAGCAAUAACGGCCACACCACGUCUAGGGUGAUGAGUGAUGACGGAGUCAUGUUAUUCAAUCUCAUUGACCAAAACUCUGUGGGAUGCUGGCAUUCGUCAUUGCCAUAUGACCCGAAAAACCACGCAGUUGUCGACCGCGAUGACGUUGGAUUAGUUUUUCCAGCUGAUGUGAAAAUUGAUGAGAAUAAGGACGUUUGGGUUAUAUCAGAUCGUAUGCCGGUCUUCCUUAUAGCCGAAUUGGACUUUUCAGAUGUCAACUUCAGAAUUUACACUGCACCGAUGUCUAGUUUGAUCCAAGGAACAAUUUGCGACCUGAGAAAUAAUGGCUACAGUGGCUACGAAGGAAUAACCGUGAAUCCAGUCAAGCCUCUUAUUGCUGUAGAACCACAGAAACCUCAGAUUCAAUAUCAACAACCGUUGCCAAUUUUAUACAGUCAACCCCCACAAUCUAUAGCGUAUACAACUCAAAAAGUUCCUGUUGCCAUCACCCCCAAAGCGUACGUUUUUAACCAGAACAAUGGAGUCACUUACGAAAUUCCAAGUCCUCAUCAAUACACAGUCGAUGGUUUGACUGAAUUCGGGUAUACGACUAAGAAAAAUUGGUGGUCCUGAGGACCCUCCUCUUUCUAUAAAUUACCAUUGUUACCUUUAAAUUUUUUUCAAGUUGCUACACACGAUUUUUUAGGGUUUAAUUAUGUUUUUUGAAUCUUAUUUAUACUGAAUAAAUGUUUUC